AUGGAUUCGGUUUCAAUUGCUGAUGGAAUACCACAAAAUCCGAAUGAAGAAAGAUUUAAACAAUUAGUAGGAAAAUUUCGAACGAAAUAUCCGGAUACUCAACCGCAGUUCCUCUGUCGCGCACCGGGAAGAGUAAACCUCAUCGGUGAACAUAUUGAUUAUUGUGGCUAUUCGGUAUUACCAAUGGCUGUAGAUCAGGAUAUUAUUGCUGUUUUCGCAGCGAAUGAUGGUAAUGAAGUGCAAAUUAGUAAUACCGAUCCCAUAUUUAAAGAGGGAUCGUUUGAUAUUGGAAAUUUCUCUAUUUCGUAUGAGAAAUCCGAUUGGUUCGAGUAUUUCAAAUGUGGAGUACAAGGUAUUCGCGAUAAAUACGCUGAUCGAAAGUUGAAAGGCAUGAAGGUUUUAAUUGAUGGAACGAUUCCACGCAGUGCUGGUCUGUCAUCAUCAUCGGCUUUAGUGGUUUGUGCUGCUUUAGCAACAACAAUCAACAAUGGUAUUACUAUCAGCAAAAGCGAUCUCGCCGAACUAUGUGCUGAAUGCGAAAAAUAUAUUGGCACACAAGGAGGUGGAAUGGAUCAAGCAGCAUCGUGUCUUGCACAUAGUGGCUCUGCGAUGUUGAUCAGUUUCAAUCCAUUGAAAACCCAAGAUGUUACAUUACCUGUUGGUUGUGCGUUUGUAGUGACACAUUCGUUAACUGAAGUAAACAAAGCCGCGACAGAUCACUUUAACAUUCGCGUCUCUGAAUGUCGAUUGGCGACCCAAAUCUUGACGCACGCCAAAGGUCUUGAUUGGCGUACGAUUCGCAAACCUUACGAGCUUCAAACUGCUCUGGAGUGGACAAUCACUGAAUUGGAGAAGUUUGCAAUCGAUUCACUCCAUGAAGUUCCCUAUACGCUUGAUGAAGUCGCUGGUUUGUUAAAUGUUUCCGUCGACGAGCUGAUUAGUGUUAGUUUGAAGGCGACUAUCAAUCGAGAACAAAAAUUCGAAUUAUGUAAACGUAUGAAACAUGUUCUCAGCGAAGCAAACCGUGUGCUACUUUUCAAACAAGUAUGCGAUUCGAAUACGCAUGACCGUCUUGAAACAUUGGGAGAAUUAAUGAAUCAAAGUCAUAAUAGCUGCUCAAGAUUAUAUGAAUGCAGUAGUACCGAACUGGAUGAAUUAACAGACAUCUGCCGACAAAGUGGCGCUCUGGGUUCACGCCUGACAGGUGCUGGCUGGGGUGGAUGUGCUGUUUCACUUGUACGACAAGAGGAUUUGGACAAAUUCAUUCGCAAUGUUCGUGAUAAAUUCUAUCUGAAUAGUAAUGAUCCGAAACGAGCUAGUAAAGCUGAUCAAAGUAUCUUUCCAACUUUACCUGGCUGUGGAAUUUAUGCCGUGCGAUUAUAA